CUUCACGUUCAAAUUAUAGUUACUAUUUGAUCAGCUAUUUAUUAUUUUGUGUGAAACUUUCUUUUUGUGCUCUUUCCAAGUGGUCUCCCUCCUAUGGCCAGGGUACAAUGGACGGCGUCCAUGCUGUUACUGCUGAUGCUCUACUCUCCAGGGGUGCCCUCGGACCCCGUCCAGCACCUGUGUGGCUCCCACCUGGUGGAUGCCCUCUACUUUGUGUGUGGAGAACGGGGAUUUUAUUACAGUUCCAACCGAAACCAGAAGCGGGAUCUGGAACAUCUGCUCGGGUUCCUGUCUAAAAGGGCCAGACAGGAGCAGCGGCUGUGGAGGGCUUUGUCUGGCCGGGAUGAGCCCAAGGUGAAGAGAGGCAUCGUGGAGCAGUGCUGCCAUAAGCCAUGCAGCAUUUACCACCUGGAGGGCUACUGCGAGUGACUCGCCACUCCACAACUAGCACCACUCAUAGCUUGUAAAAAGGUCCCGAAGUCAAUUUCUGGCCUGAUACUUGCUGGCUAUGUCUUAUCAACUGAAGGAAAUAAAGCUUCAUGACCCAUAACCUAAGGCUCCUCUGCAAA